CUCAGAAGGCACUGGGCGCGUCCUGGUAAUGGCGCGCUCGACGCUCCGUUAGUCCGCGUGUGGCGGCGCGGUGGCUUAGCGCUCCGCAGUUCCCGACCGACCGCCUCAGAGACUGGCGGGUCGGGCUUGCGUAGCGCGGGCGCAUGGCUCUGCUGUACCGCGCGACGCGGCUCAAAGACCGCGCCGACUCCCACGUGUUCACGUUCGUCGUCACACGAUCUGCCACGAGGGAGCCCGACCGCGACGUGACUUCCAAGGACUUCUGCUGUGCUCAUCAGCGAUGGGCCGUCGCUUUCAGUCGCACGGAUGCCUCGCUGGGAGUUUACUUGGUGUGGCGAGGAGUAUGCGAAGGCAUGCGAGUUUAUGUUGACUUCACUUUUACUCUACUAAGUCGAGAUCACUUUACUGCAAACGAAAGUUUCUCUGGAAAACAAGUCAGAUUUAAUGCAGGAUGUGCUGCUCAAGGUCGGGGACGUCUUGUCUCCAUCGCAGAGCUCAACACCAAGUUCGCAGACGCUCGAGGAGAGUUCCAGCUCGAACUGAGCAUGUCGCGAGUAAGAACUCUAUACACUUGUGAACUUCGCGCUCCACGACUUGAUACACCUCCCUUCGCAUUUGCUGGAUUUGAUUGGUCGGUAUCUGCGAGUGGUGGUAGUGGAAAAGACCCCUUAAGUCUAAGGCUAGUACGUCUGUCGGGUGAAGGACAGUUAUGCAGAGUUCGAUAUGCUCUCUCACUUGGAGAAGGAGAUCGACGGAUACAGUCUGGUUCUCUAGAAUGUUUAUGUGAUGGGGAUGGGCGCACUCCACCGUGGACUCCUCGUCCUCCUUCCCGCCUUCUUCAGAAAGGUGCCCGUCUGACUGUGGAACUGUUGUGGGCUAGAGCUCUGUCAGAGUUGGCAAUUCCCGUCGCUGGAAGGGCAUCAACAUGCUACGAUCGCGACAAACAAGCGUGGGGCCUUCGCUGUGAUACUCAUUCUGAACUAGUUCGUCUUCAUAUGCUAUAUCGUGAUGUUCAUCACGUACCCAGAAACCAUCUUCGUUAUGUGAGUUGGUCUGCAUGGUUAGUGAGGACUACAACUGCUCCUGGUGAAGCAGACGCUAUUGAACUCCCUGGAGCACCGUUUGAAAACUAUUAUGCUCAAGAAAGUGCAGAUGAAGGGCUCAUGAUGGAAACAGCAUUGCGGGUUGAGGAGGUGUCAAGAGCUGGAUGUCCUUACGUUCACCCCGGGGGAGAGCUACGAGUGCGCCUGGAAUGGGGAGACACUUAUUUACUCUUCCAAGCAACUUAUCAUGUUUACGAUGAUCUAUGUCGUUUGCAUGCGCAUCAAAUGAGACGAGAAAUAGCUGUUCUUCAAGCGGAGAACUACUCUUUGGAGCGUCAGUUGUUCAGCUAUCAGAAGAGCUUGGCGUACGCGCAAGCCCAAGCGAGCGAGCCGGCGCCAGUCGAGGGUGGAGGCAGGCGAUCGCCAGCAGAACGGUCACUCUCCACGGACACGGAGUAUGCUUAGAGUGGUUCAAGUAGCGUGGGCCCAAAGAGUGCCCACUUCAAACUAUUCUAUCUUCUUGACUGAUUCUGACGUUUUUUGAUCGAUUUAUCUAUUUUUCUAAAGAUUUUAUGGCGAGGUGCGCCUCGUCAGCACCGCUCUUCGCCAGACGCCUGCACCCUCGCUUGGAUCUAAAGAUAGUUGGUAGAACUUGAAUACCUUUUUUCUAUUAAUCUGUACAUAAAAUAUAUUUAGAGAUUAUAUAUUAUGUAUAUUUCUUAACUUGAAACUCGAAUUCAAAUUAUACUACAAAACAGUCGAUUACGAUUAAAUAUUAUUAAAUGAAA